UUUUAGUCAAAUGGAAACGAAGGAAGCGAAAAAGAAAGUUGUUAAAAUCAAAAAAGUAAAAAAGUCUGGAAAGGAUGGGGAGAAGUUGAAAAGAAAGAAAUUGUUUGAAUGCAAAGUUGUCAAGUGCUGGUUCGUUACAAAUACCUCAAAUGCUUACACAACUGACCAACUACAGGUAAAACACAAAUCAGAUGGAGACUUGGUUUUGACUUUAAAAGAUUCUUCUGACGAUUCUGUCAAGUAUGCUCUUCCAACACGUAAUGAUGGAUUUAUGGUAGAACAAGGUGAAAGUCAACCCAAUAUUUGUGUUUGGAUUGGAACUGAGAAACAUUACCAGAAAAUUGGUUAUUUAUUGAUUUUUGAGACGGGAGAGAAGGCAUCUGAAUUUUACAAAUUUACUCAACAGCGCAAUACAUUUACAAAACCAAUUGAAGAAAAAAAUGAUGUGGGUGUGAUUAUUGAUGUUUAAAUUUUUGGAAAAUACUCGAGAAUUUUUUCAAUGGAAAUUUUGUCAAAUUUUUAUUUUUUAUAAAAAAAAUUUUUUUAACAAAAAUAUCUUUUGAAAGAGUUUAUCAGGAAACCCCCACCCCCCCCCCUCCAUUUUUUGGAUAAACUAUACUUUCCUGGGGGAUUUUAUUUUAGGAUAAACUAAUGAUUUUUGAAAAAUUUUGGCAUGACUCCUCCACAUAGUAACAUUAAAAAUGCGAUUUUUGAGACCAGAAUUUGCUAAACGGAUUAUGAAGCUCUAGAUAUAACUCCUCCUCGACAACCUCAGUUUUAUCUUAAGCUGUUGUUGUCCUUCAUAUUUUAAAUAUGCCCUCUUCGCACAUUAGAAUUACAUGUGAAUUUGGAUCCUCUACAUGGUUGAGUAUCGUUUUUUUCUGAAAAAAAAUUCUGAAAUUUUUUUUCUGAUUUUUUCUGAAUAAAAAAAUGAUUUUUUUUAAUCUAAAGAAUAACAAAAAAAAAUAAAUUGAGUAAUUUUUAAAAAAUAUUUUUUUCUUUCUAUUUAAUUUUAAAUUGCUUAAUUCUAGGCUGUUUUGCUUUAGCAUCACGCUUUUGUUCCAAUUUUUCAAGACGACGUUGCCUCUCCGGGUCUUCCUCUUCCAUAACUUUUUGUUUGCGCUCUCUUGUUUUCUCCUCUCUUCGAAUCUAAAUAUAAAUAAAAAUUAGACUAUAAUAAGUAGGGGGCGGAUUUUUAUUGAAAUAAAUUCGCCAAAUAUGGCCAUAAAAUAUUGAAAUAAAUUGGCUAAAUAUUGAUAAAAAUUGCAAAAAAUUAGUAAAAUAUUGAAAUAAAUUAUGGCUUAUUCGCUAGUAAAAAUCAAAAAAUGUUGCAUUUUAGAAAAAAAUUAUCCCGUCUUCAACGCAGACUUCGAUGAAUUUACUCUUGCGCAUUUUUAGAUAGGCCAAAUUAGGGGAUGGAACAUUUUUGAGAUUUUUUUCAGUUGAACAUUUUGUGGGGUUUGGUUCAGGGGGAAAAUUUCGCGAUUUUUGUUCAGAUAAAUAUUUUGUGUGAUUUUGUUCAGGGGCUAUUUUGGGGGCGCCCUCUUCAAUAUAGUCUGAGCGAUAGUUGUUUUGGCGAUUUUUUGGC